AUGGAAGUUCCAAGCUCUGAAGAAAUACUACAGUUUCUGAACUCUUGUCUCUCUCAGAUCAAAUGGCGACUCAAGCCCAAUUCCAAACGCCGCCUCGAAAUAGAUGUGUUGGCAUUGUGCACGGGGAUGAGACCAGUUGUGAUGAUUGACUAUGGUGGAAAGAUGCCUGAGCUACAAGAUCGCUUGCUUUCGCUUCUUGAGCUUAUCCAAUUGGGUUUACCAGUUGUCAAAGAUCUGAGGGUUAUGGUUAUAGAGGAUAUGAUUUAUCUGAUAAAUGUAAGAAGACUGCCCAAGUUUGUAAGCUCCAGCUUGAAUUCAGAACCUGAAUUGUUCUUUGUCGACUUGGAACAUGAUCCUCCAAAGAUGGUAGAACAGAGCAAGGAAAGCGAUCUGGGGAUGCAGCUUAGAGCGAUUCAGAAGCUAUUCUCCACGACAUUUCCUCUAGAUUGCAGCGAUAAUGAUACCACCACAGCUCUUGAUGAGGCCAACUCUUCUCAGUCUUCUUUAUUCAUUGAUCUAAGUUGUUGUUUACAGGACACUAAGGUUACGAUCCCAACCUUAAACGGAUGGCUCCUGGACUAUCCGGUUGUGUAUCUAUUUGGCACAGAUCACAUAGAAGAGGCAAUCUGCAAUCUCUCAACCAAGUCUCUCCGCAUAUUCAAAGUUUUAGUACAAAGGAACAGUACUACGGGAGACUCCCAUUUAGAAAAGCUAACAAGUUUUUCGGUGCCAUAUGAUCUGAGUAUGGGAGGUAGCAAGGAAGUGUGGGCUGAAACAUUUAUGGAGAGGAUGUGUUCGAGGUGGGAAGAAUACAGUAGGAUUCAUGCAAGUCAAACUCUAAGGAAGACACUUUCUCGCAGCCAAGUAUGGCAGACUCUAGAGGAAUGGGUAAAGCACCAGAUUUGGGAUGAUUUAUUAUCAUCAAUUGAGUCUACUAAAAUGAGCAUUGCUGGGAUUGCAUCCCUAAUCAUCAUGCAUCUUACCUCUAUUAACUCAGCUCUCCUAAGUAAACUCGUCGUGGUUACUGACCAUCUCUCUUCAUAUGCUAAGGAGAUGGUUAUAACUGGUUUGGGAGACCAAUUCAGCAACAAGAAGAUAACGAGUGAGCAAGUAGAAUUCGUUUUGAGUAUCAUUAUCAGAGCUAUGAGUGUUAAUGGAGUAGAACCCACCGAAGCAAGGAGAAUUACAAAGGCGGGAUUUAAUUGUUUAAAGGUGACGAUGGAUUCAUAUUAUAAAGAGAUGGAGGAACUUGAGAUCCGAAAGGGCGAUUUGAUAUGCAAGGAUUUCGCCAUAUUAGCUUUCCCCCGGAUUGUUUAUGUACUGCUGCUGCUACCACACCGAGAUGUUGGAAUGGAAGAAGCUGAAGAUGUGGAAGAAGCUGAAGAUAUGGAAGAUGUGGAAGAAGCUGAAGAUAUGGACGAAGAUGAAGUUGUGGUUGAAGUUCUGGAAGAAGAAGAUGAAGCUGUGGAAGAACAUGAAGAUCUAGAAGAAGAUGUUCGAGCCAUAUACCUGAGAUUGGUUGCUGAUUUACUUGGGGGAGAAGAAUUUACACAAAAGCUCGGGAUCUCCAUAAGAUCUCUUCACUCGUACCCAAGCCAGAAUACAGCUUGGAAUGAGGGGAAAGUAAUCACAAGGCUUGGUGAGAAAACAAAAUCUGGGGAUAAAGAUUUGGUGGUUGAGAUGGCUUUUGAAGUCCUGUCCUUAUUUUAUACUGCUCAUAUGGGGAUAGGGAGAAUCUCCACAGCUGUCACACCUGCCAUAAAGGAAUUAGGUCAAUCUGUGAUUGGUCUGUGCCAUAAAGAGCAUGUACCCAUCGAUUUGAAGAGGAAAGCGUGUGAUCUUCUGGAUCGGAUUAUUGUUAGGGAAUGGGAAGUCACAACAGAUGAGUGGGUUAUUCGCAUGAGUCUAGAUGAAGGGACGACAAAAAUCAAAGCUAAGGUACCAAAUAUUUGUCAAAACAUCCCCAUUGCUUUGUGCGGGAACAAAGUUGAUGUAGUAAAGGGUAGGCAAGUGAAACCGAGAGAGGUUACAUUCCACGGGGGGAAUUACAAUAUGCGGUACUAUGAGAUAUCUACAAAGAGGAACUACAAUCUCGAGAAGCCAUUCUUGUAUUUUGCAAGAAGACUUGUUGGAGACCAAAACCUUCACUUUGUGGAAUCACCAGCUCAUAUUCCACCAGAAGAGCACAUUGACAUUGCUUCUCAUGAGAAGAUUAAGGUUGAGCUCGCAAUGGCUGCAAGUCAGCCACUCCCCGAUGUACGAGGACGCCUUUGA